AUGAGGCGGCUCCGCAGUCUCGCCGGCGGGAGGAGCAGGACCUACGCGGAGAGCUUCCCUUCCCUGCUCGACCCGCUGCCGGGCCUCCACCUUCCACCCGCCCCCCACGACGAGUACCCGCAGUCCCCUCCGCCGCCGCCGCUGCCGCGCACAGAGGUGACCACUCUUCCCAACGGCGUCAGGAUCGCUUCGCAAGAUAUCCCGGGUCCGCUGUGCUGCGUCAGCGUGACGGUCGCCGCAGGCUCCGUCCACGAGACGCCCUCGUCGGCCGGCGCCGCCUACAUGCUGGAGAAGCUGGCUUUCCACGAGACCCAGAACCGCGGCCUCGGGGAGAUCGCGCUCAGCGUUGAGGCCACCGGGGGCAAGCUCGGCGCGGAGGCCGAGAGGGAGAGGAUGUUCUACAGGUUCGGGGCGCUCAGGGCCAGCCUGCCGCUAACCGUCGAGGUGCUCCUCGACUGCGUCCGCAACCCCGCCUUCCUCCGCAACCAAGUUCGGAGCAAGGUGGCUGAAGCUCGGGAGGAGCUGUCGUUCCUGGAGAGUGAUCCCGAAUUGUUUCUCCGGGAAUCGCUGCACCGUGUUGGUUAUUCAGGCGCCCUUGGAAACCCACUGUUCCCUACAAAGGAAGCCCUCGCGAGGAUUGAUCGUGGUGCCAUUCGCAGUUUCUACUUCGAAAACUAUACUGCGGACCGCUUGGUUUUAGCUGCAUCAGGCGUGAACCACCAGCAUUUGCUCGACAUUGCAGCACCCUUGUUGUCUGAUCUGCCCAAGGGGUCGCCUGUCCACAAACCAAAGUCGGCAUAUACUGGUGGAGAUUUCAGGCACAAAACUGACUCUGAGAUGACGCAUGUGGCAAUGGCGUUUGAAGUUCCAGGAGGCUGGCAUCAGGAGAAAGCAGCUAUAAUCAUGAAAGUCAUGCAGACAUUGAUGGGUGGCGGAGCUUCAUACUCCAGUGGUGGUCCCGGGAAAGGAAUGCAGUCCCGUCUUUAUCUCCGGGUUAUGGUUGAGUAUGAUUGGAUGCAAUCAAUUUCAGCAUUUAGUACUGUAUAUGAUGACACUGGUCUGUUUGGUAUUCAUUUGGCCGCGCCAUCCGAUCUUGUCGCUGAGGCUGUUGAUAUUGCUAUUAGAGAAUUGACAACAAUUGCAAGACCUGGCGAAGUUACAGAAGCAGAGCUCGGUCGAGCAAAAAACUUGACGAUUUCAUCCAUUCUACAGAACCUCGAAUCCAGAGACAAUCAUGCAGAGGACAUGGGGAGGCAAAUCCUGGUUGAUAGUUCAGGGAAGGCGAGCCAGGACUUGUUGGAGCGCAUUGACGAAGUGACUCUGGACGAUAUCACAUCGGUUGCACAAAAGAUGCUGUCCUCGUGCCCUACCAUGGCGAGCUGGGGAGAUGUUGACAAGGUGCCUACGCAUGAAUACGUCCAAAAGCUGAUCGAGUCGCCACCUAGUGACCUGAUGUGGAUGUUGAAGAGCUUCUUUUCUUGACAUCAGCUUGAGGUGAUGUUUAACAAUUAUAUGACCUGAAAGCUUCGCCAAUUAGUGACCCAGCCGUGUUUGCUCUGUUUUCUUAGCGGAUGUGGCGAUGAUUUAUUUGUUGCCAGUUUUUUUGUAGACCCAUGGGCUGUAUAUAGUUUGAUUGUGCAAAACUGACAUCCAUGUCUGGUACACCGGGAUUGUGGCAUAUGUGAAUAUGAGAUUUGAGAUUGCAUAUGGCAUA